UUCAGCUCAACCUUUCAACCAGAAUGAAGUGGCUUUUCGUCUGGGCAAUCGCGGUCGGGGUCCUCGCGACUUCCGACGCCCGCAGCGACGAUGACGCGCGCGUGGUGGCAGCCUACACCACCCGCACCGCCAUCGUCCUCACCACCCUCACCACCACAGUGCCGUUCACGUGUGCCAACCAGUUCGGCACCAACGUGUGUCAGAAGCGCAGGUACCGACGCAUGGUCCACAUCGACAAGAACCUCGACGCUGCGGAUGAUAUCGACGCGCUCCUGGCAGGCUCCAAGAACGCCCCCGACAGUCUAGACGAUCAGGAGGAGGCCCGCCUCAAGCGCGAGCUCGCCGACGCCGACCGGGACCCCCGCAUCGCCCUCACCGUCUGGUCGACCACCUCCUCCACCUUCACCUACACCUCCGAGAGCACCAACACCGGCACCACCUUCUCCAUCUCGUACUACUGCACGGCCGUCGGCGCCAGCUUGCCCCCGGCCUGCAGCGGCUGAGAGCUGCCCGGCGCCCGAUGCCCUUGGAGCGAGAGCCUCCGCCUCCGCCGCCGCCGCCGAUGCUGUCUCCUCAGCGCUCGCCUCUCCCUUCGGCUCUCCGCUUUCGCCUCUCCUUCGCUCCGUUUCUCUUUGCCUCUCCUCUCCUUUCUCGCUUUCUCGUGGCGACUCCUGGCGCGAAUCGCUCCUCUUGAGUGUCUGAUUAUUUAUGCCUUCUUGACGUCGCCUUUUCUGCUGCCUUGUUGUUAUUGUUAUUCUAAGUUAUGAAGCAAUAUUUAAAUUAUGUAAGUAGGGGUCAAAUAUGUAAAUAUACACUAUUUUACUUUA